ACAAAGUAAAAGAUUAGCUAUUGGCUUAGUACAAUUGAUCUCGUACAGUGCGCCGGUCGGCCAACGACCCGUGCCCCAAUAAACUAUUUAUUAAAAUAAACUCGUAAAAUUUAGUGUUAAUUUAGUUUAUUUUUAAGAAUGGCGAAUUUAUUUUGCAUUUUGGUAUCGAUGGGCGUAGCAGCAGUACUGUCCCAGCAGGCCAUCGACUAUUACCACGUGCUGCACCUUCCCCACCACCCCCCACUCCACUCUGUAUACGACCACGCACCCCCCACUCGCUUCUCCUGCGCCGGACGACAGAAAGGAUACUACGCUGAUAUAGACAGUGGAUGUCAAGCCUAUCACUUCUGCUGGCGGCAACGUCUGAUCAGCACCGACUUAUGCUCAAAGGGGACGCUCUUCAACGAACAGUUUCAGGUCUGCGAUCACUUCUACAACGUUCGCUGCGGUUCGCCUUAUGAAGAUCUUUAAUUGUGUGAUUCAGUUUAUUGUUUUAACGUAAUAUUAUUUAUAGCAACUAUUAAAUAAUAAAUAUAUACCUAUAUAUACGUAA